UAAUGUCUCUAAGAUAAGCACCUCAUGGAAAACCACUUGAAUUUUUAAACAAGAUAUGUAAUUAAAGAGUAUAAUUUAUGAAUUUCAGACAGAGAAACAAAGAUAUAAAUAAAAAUAAUAGGAUUAAUGGAUAUGAGGAAAAUCAAAAGUUUGAUGCCUCUAAUAAAAUUAUAUAAAGUUUAAGCUUAUUCUUUAUUUUGAGCAGUUAGAUAAACUCAUGAAAUCUGACUUUUGUCAUAUUAGAUAGUGGUCUUGGGAGAAUGUAUAAAUUGAAGUUAAAUAAUCUUAAAAAAAAAAAAAAAAGUUAGAAAACCUAUUUAUAGAAAUAGAAUUAUAAAAAAUAUCAUAUUGCGAAAUCAGAGAGUAGGG